AUGCCUCGCAGAAAACCGCAGUCAGCUAAACAGCACAAGGCAAAGCUUCAGCACAAACGCGCCGUAAAACGCGGCGAUGCUGUCUCCGUCGCCCCUUCCGACUUUGAGCCCCGUCCUACCACCCGCGCUCGUGUGCAUCGAGUCUCUGCGCACAACACAGCGGCGACCACGGGCCUCUCUUCUGCUCGCGAUCUCGCCAUCGCUUCUGCGCGCGGUCUCCAGUCUUCAUUUGUCAAGCUCUCGCCCGCACUGCUCGAGCAGAGCAAGAUCCUCGCCGACCGCGUACCCCUCCAUCGCCCUAUCCCCCCACAGGCCGCUAUAUGGCCAGAGAGCAGUGGAAGACUCGAUUCCACGCGGGAGCGCGAGAUGCGCGAGGCAAUGAGCUGUAUGCGUAGGCCCAAAUGGAGGUACGAGAUGACAAAAAAAGAAGUAGAGAAGAACGAGGAAGGUCUGUUCGCCAAAUGGCUCUCGAACACUGAUGGUGCCGUUGAUGAAUGGGUAAAGGCCGCUGAAGAGACUGCUGCGCGGGAGCGCGCGGUCGAUGAUGACGGGGACAGAGUGCAGGCAGAAGACGACUUGAGUGCACCGCCCUCCCCUUCGUUCUUCGAGCGUAAUCUCGAGGUCUGGCGACAGCUCUGGCGCGUGACCGAGCUCUCGCAGAUCAUCCUCGUUCUGCUCGACUCCCGCUGCCCAUCACUUCACUUCCCACCCUCCCUCAGGAAUUUUCUUGCAUCACCGCACUACCGGCUGAUUCUUGUUCUUACUAAAGUCGACAUCGCUGGCCCUCAACGCACCGAUGCGUGGGCUCGAUAUUUGCGCGCUACACACCCCGGCGUAAGGGUGGUAAUGGUCGAAUCAUACGUGCAAAAGGCGUCUGAUCCUGACCCCGGCGUCGUGCAAAGCGGGAAGCGACGAUACGAGCCGCAUUUACCGCAGACGUUCAAAGAGCGGCUCAUCGCAGCCCUGAAGGAUGCGCACGCCGAGAUGCUGGAGCCCCCUGAGCGCGUUAAGCAGGACGCAGAACGGUUGAAAGAAUGGAAGCCUAAAGUGAAGCGGCAGGUCGAUUUUGACGCGCUGCUUGCUGCCGGGGCAAAAACACAUUUAGGUGGGAAUCCAGGGAUUCCUGUGACGACUGAAAGUCAAGACGAUGAUGGUCGAGAGUCAGACUAUCUAACAAUUGGGCUAAUCGGACAGCCAAAUGUCGGCAAAUCUUCCCUGCUCAACGCUCUGUUUGGGACCAUCAAAGUGCGAGCAUCCAAGACUCCAGGGAAGACGAAGCACUUCCAAACUCUCUUCUGGACGCCUGAUGUGCGCCUCGUCGACUGCCCAGGCCUCGUCAUGCCCGACUUAAUGCCAAUGGAGAUGCAGGUUUUAGGCGGCAUUUUACCUAUUUCGCGCAUGCCCGCUAUCCCGCUCUGCGUUUCUUACGCGUCCCAGCUUCUCCCACUCGAGCGCGUUUUCGGCCUCAUGCACCCAAAAGUCUCAGUGCCACCCCCAGAGGAUAAGCGCACGUGGCGUGACGGGAUGCGGCGCAUGGAAGAUGUCAAGAUGGUCCAGCCCGCAUGGACGGCGAUGGAUAUUAUGUCUGCAUUUGCGGAUCGAAAGGGAUGGGUCACUGCCAAGGCUGGGAGGUCGGACGUGAACCGCGCUGGAAAUGCGAUCCUAAGGUUUUUGGCAGAGGGGAAGGUACAGUGGGCAUUUUGGCCUCCUGGCACCCCUACCUCGAUCGUAGAAGCAGAGCAGCAAGCGGCAGGGAAUGGGAUAUUGCUUUCAAGUGCAACAAUGGACGGAGCGGAAGAAGCGGAAAGCGAAUAUGAAAGCGAAGGCGACGGAGAGGGAGAAGGUAGUGCUGGGACAGAAUCUGGAACAGAGGCUGUAAGCGAGGACAAAGAAGACGAGGUGAGCCAGGGCAAUCACGGUAUUGGCGGUAGGUUCGCAGCCCUUCAGCUGGUCGGCGACGAUGGGUCUGAAGACGAAGAGGAGGAAGAGGCGGAUGGAUAA